GAGCGGAGCGGAGAGGAGCGGGUGGCGGGGUGAGCUCAUCCCGGGCGCGGAGCGCAGCCGAGCGGCGCGGAGGGUGAGCCGUCGGCUGCCGCCGCGGCAACUUUCUUGGAGUCCCGAAUGCUAUUCUGUUGAAGCGUCUGUCAAAACAAGAGCCUGUGAUGUAAUGGAGACUUGGAAACACUGCAGUUGUGCACUUUGAAAUGCUUUUAAAAAUGCUGUGUCCAGGGACGGGUUCUGCGUCAAGAUGGUGUGUGUCAAAGCACAAAGUCCAGUAACUGCUCCAGCUGCUACAUCUUUGAAGAGAGAUUUCCUGUGCCCUUCCUCAGAUGUCUGUGAUACUACCAAGAGGAACUGUCUUUCUCUUCUGGCUUGAGAGCCACCAGUGCAAUGUAAAGCCUGUCCAUCAUCUGUGAACUGGAGUAUUUUCAGUAACCAUGCAAUUGAGCAGUGGAAGAAGAAUAAUUAAAUGUCUUAUAAAAUGCUGAAGAAAACAAUUAGCAAACAGAAAACUUGGAGGUCAGUGUGGAAGCAUCUUCCCAGUGGUCCUCAGACUAUGCAGCAUGGCAGUUAUCUCUCCAGCUUUUCGAUUAAAGGAAGCAUAAACAACUGGAUUGCUGCUCUGACAUUCUGGAGCACAAGUGAUGUUAAAACAACUUGAAUGUAUUGGAACAUGGCUACUUCUUAAGAUGCAAAAGUUAAAAGAAGUUGCUACUUCUCAAAACCUACUGAAUAUCUGCAUUUUCUAGACGUUUUGCAUUUAAUUGUAUCCUUAAAUGUCCACGGUUAAGAUCUCAUGCAACCAUUUUAUGUUUUGGAGACUAUUCUCCAAAAGAGAACUGUGCAUUUAAAAAGCCGAAAUGACUGUAUUUCCUUUUGGAACUUACUGAGGUUGAACAUACUGAAAGAUCAUGACCAGCUUGAAGCGGUCCCAGACUGAAAGGGCUGUUGCCACUGGGGUGUCAGUUGGAACAGAUGGCACCACAAAAGUUCACUCGGAUGACUUUUACAUGAGGCGCUUUAGGUCACAGAAUGGCAGCUUAGGGUCCGCAGUCAUGGCUCCAGUUGGACCUCCUCGCAAUGAAAGUUCCCAUCAUGUUACCUCUACUCCUGGAGUCCCCAAAAUGGGGGUCAGGGCAAGAAUUGCUGAUUGGCCGCCUAGGAAGGAGAACAUCAAGGAAACAAGCAGGUCUAGUCAAGAUAUUGAAACUGCCAGUUGUCUUGACAGCAUGUCUUCUAAAAGCAGUCCUGGGAGUCAAGGUAGCUCUGUUAACCUGAAUGCUAGUGAUUCUGUCAUGUUGAAGAGUAUCCAGAACACACUUAAAAGCAAGACCAGACAAUCUGAGAAUCUAGACUCCAGGUUUCUUACACCUGAUGGCUAUCCCAGUUCCCCCAGGAAAGCUCUUCGCAGAAUAAGACAACGUAGCAACAGCGACAUUACCAUAAGUGAGCUUGAUGUGGAUAGUUUUGAUGAAUGUAUUUCACCCACGUUUAAAUCUGGACCAUCUCUGCAUAGAGAGUAUGGCAGCACAUCUUCAAUAGAUAAGCAGGGAACUUCAGGGGAAAGUUUUUUUGACUUACUAAAGGGCUAUAAAGAUGAAAAGUCUGAUCAGAGAAGCCCAGGCACAACUAAGCUCAGUGAACUUCUGAUUGCCAGUGGAAGCAAGGGUUCAGGCUUCUCUCUAGAUGUGAUUGAUGGACCUAUUACUCAAAGGGAGAACCUGAGGCUCUUUAAGGAAAGAGAGAAGCCACUCAAGAGACGCUCAAAAUCAGAAACAGGAGAUUCAUCCAUUUUUCGCAAGCUGCGUAAUGCCAAAGGUGAAGGGGAGCUUGGGAAAUCUUCAGAUCUUGAAGAUAACAGGUCAGAAGAUAGUGUCAAGCCUUGGACUUGUCCAAAGUGUUUUGCUCAUUAUGAUGUACAGAGUAUUUUAUUUGAUUUAAAUGAAGCAGCGAUCAACAGGCAUAAUGUUAUUAAAAGAAGGAACACAACAACAGGAGCAUCUGCUGCUGCUGUAGCGUCACUUGUCUCUGGGCCCUUAUCCCAUUCUGCAAGUUUCAAUUCUCCAAUGGGCAGCACUGAAGAUCUGAAUUCAAAAGGAAGUCUCAACAUGGACCAGGGGGAUGAUAAAAGCAAUGAACUUGUGAUGAGCUGUCCUUAUUUUCGUAAUGAGAUUGGUGGGGAAGGGGAGAGGAAGAUAAGCCUUUCCAAAUCUAAUUCAGGUUCCUUCAGUGGAUGUGAAAGUGCCUCGUUUGAGUCAACUUUGAGUUCUCAUUGUACAAAUGCUGGAGUGGCAGUUCUAGAAGUUCCCAAGGAGAAUUUGAUUUUACAUCUAGACAGAGUGAAAAGAUACAUUGUUGAACAUGUAGACCUUGGUGCAUAUUAUUACCGGAAAUUUUUCUAUCAGAAAGAACACUGGAACUAUUUUGGGGCAGAUGAGAACCUUGGUCCAGUAGCUGUGAGCAUAAGAAGAGAAAAACCAGAGGAAAUCAAAGAAAAUGGACCUCAGUACAACUACAGGAUCAUUUUCAGAACCAGUGAGCUUAUGACAUUAAGAGGCUCUGUGCUGGAAGAUGCUAUUCCUUCAACUGCAAAGCACUGCACAGCCAGAGGACUUCCCCUAAAAGAAGUCCUUGAGUAUGUGGUUCCUGAGUUGAAUAUUCAUUGCCUAAGGCUGGCCUUCAACACUCCUAAAGUCACAGAACAGCUUAUGAAGCUGGACGAACAAGGGUUAAGUUACCAACUUAAGGUGGGUAUCAUGUACUGCAAAGCUGGGCAAAGCACAGAAGAGGAAAUGUACAAUAACGAAUCGGCAGGUCCAGCCUUUGAAGAGUUUCUUCAGCUCUUGGGAGAACGAGUUCGGCUCAAAGGCUUUGAAAAGUAUCGUGCUCAGCUGGAUACGAAGACUGAUUCAACAGGUACUCAUUCUCUAUAUACAACAUACAAGGACUAUGAAAUCAUGUUCCAUGUUUCUACUAUGUUGCCAUAUACUCCAAACAACAAACAGCAGCUUCUGAGAAAGCGACAUAUUGGAAAUGAUAUUGUGACAAUAGUUUUCCAGGAGCCUGGAGCACAACCAUUCAGCCCAAAGAACAUUCGAUCUCACUUCCAGCACGUCUUUGUCAUUGUGAGAGUGCACGGCCCCUGUACUGACAGUGUUUGUUACAGUGUUGCUGUGACAAGAUCCAGAGAUGUACCAUCCUUUGGACCACCUAUUCCAAAAGGCGUCACAUUUCCUAAGUCAAACGUGUUCAGGGACUUCUUACUAGCCAAAGUCAUUAAUGCAGAGAAUGCUGCUCAUAAAUCAGAAAAGUUUCGUGCAAUGGCCACCAGGACCCGUCAAGAAUACUUGAAAGACUUGGCAGAGAAGAAUGUCACCAACACACCUAUUGACCCUUCUGGCAAAUUCCCAUUCAUCUCACUUGCUUCAAAAAAGAAAGAAAAGUCCAAGCCUUAUCCAGGAGCAGAGAUCUAUAGUUCUGGUGCUAUCGUGUGGAGUGUCCAUGCAAAAGACUACAGCAAGGGUAUGGAAAUAGACUGUCUCCUAGGUGUCUCUAAUGAGUUUGUAGUCCUCAUUGAACAGGACACAAAAAGUGUGGUGUUUAAUUGCUCCUGUCGAGAUGUAAUAGGUUGGACUUCAACAGACACAAAUAUAAAAAUAUUCUAUGAGAGAGGUGAAUGCGUUUCGUUGGAGAGCUUCAUCAGCAACAUUGAUGACAUCAAAGAGAUCGUCAAAAGGCUGGAGCUCAUGACUAAGGGAUGUGAAACAGUGGAGAUGACUCUGCGUAGGAAUGGUUUGGGUCAGCUUGGCUUCCAUGUAAACUAUGAAGGCAUUGUGGCAGAUGUUGAGCCCUAUGGGUAUGCGUGGCAGGCAGGACUGCGACAGGGCAGCAGGCUGGUGGAAAUUUGUAAGGUGGCUGUAGCCACUCUGAGCCAUGAGCAAAUGAUUGAUCUUCUGAGGACAUCGGUAACGGUGAAGGUUGUCAUUGUCCCUCCAUAUGAGGACUGCACACCACGCAGAAGUUGUUCAGAAAACUACCGUAUGCCAGUGAUGGAAUACAAAGUGAAUGAAGGAAUGUCAUAUGAAUUCAAAUUUCCCUUCAGAAAUAAUAACAAAUGGCAGCGAAGUGCAAACAAAGGACAGGGACCUCAUGUGGCUCAGGUACCAUCCCAAGUUCAAAGUCCAGUGCCAUCUAGGAUUGGCUCAGGGAAAGGAGAAGGGAAAAUGCCACCCCCAGAACGAGCAGCCAACAUCCCACGAAGCAUCUCUAGUGAUGGGCGUCCAUUGGAGAGCCGGAGGUUGUCUCCUGGUUCUGAUGUCUACGUGACAGUUUCCUCCAUUGCAUUAGCACGGUCGCAGCAGUGUCGCAAUUCUCCAAGCAACUUAUCAACCUCAAGUGAGACAGGCUCUGCUGGGAGCACGUACAGACAAAAAUCUAUGCCAGAAGGGUUUGGAAUUAGCCGUAGAUCCCCUGCUUCCAUUGACAGGCAGAGCACGCAAUCAGAUACGGGUGGUAGCGGCAAAUCCACACCCAGCUGGCAAAGAAGUGAGGAUAGUAUCGCUGACCAGAUGGAACCAACAUGUCAUCUCCCAGCAGUAUCAAAGGUACUGCCAUCCUUCAGAGAGAGUCCCAGUGGAAGACUGAUGAGACAGGAUCCUGUGGUCCACUUGUCUCCAAAUAAGCAGGGUCAUUCUGACAGCCACUACUCCAGCCAUUCCAGCAGCAAUACUCUCUCCAGCAAUGCCUCCAGUGCUCACAGUGAUGAGAAGUGGUAUGACAGUGGAGAGCGCACUGAGUCAGAGCUGAACAGCUACAACUAUCUUCAGGGGACUUCGGCUGAUAGCGGCAUAGAUACCACUUCCUAUGGACCUAGCCAUGGCAGCACUGCUUCUCUGGGAGCAGCAACAUCUCCCCGAACAGGGCUAGCAAAGGAAAAAGUGACACCACUGUGGCACAGCUCCAGUGAAGUGGUCUCCAUUGCAGACAGGACAUUAGAAAAAGAGAGCCACAUUGACCGAAAAGCUGAGUCUUCGCUGAGUCUGGAUAUUCACAGCAAAAGUCAACCAGCCUCCAAUCCUCUAACAAGGGAGAACAGUGCUUAUAGUCUUAGUGAUGCUGUCUCACAUACAAGUACCAUGAGCUCACGACACUCUGCCAGCCCGGUUGUUUUCACCAGUGCCAGAAGCUCACCUAAAGAAGAGCUUCAUUCUGCUACUUCUCCCCAGCUUGCACCUUCUUUCUCCUCCUCCUCUUCCUCCUCAUCUGGUCCUAGGACUUUCUACCCUCGCCAGGGUGCUACCAGCAAGUAUCUGAUCGGAUGGAAAAAGCCCGAAGGGACGAUAAACUCAGUGGGGUUUAUGGAUACAAGAAAACGUCACCAGAGUGAUGGCAACGAGAUGGCCCACCCUCGGCUGCGCGCAUCAGCAAGAGAUCUGCGAGCAUCACCAAAACGAGCAUCAAAGUCCACUGUUGAAGAAGACUUGAAGAAACUGAUAGAUCUUGAUAGUCCAACACCUGAAUCCCAGAAGAAUUUCAAGUCACACACUCUGUCCUGUCAGUCUCCCUUUCCCAGCACUCCUACCACAAGGCGUGCCUUGCAAAGGACUUUGUCAGAUGAGAGUAUUUACAGUGGUCAGAGAGACCACUUCUUCGCCUCGCGGGCCUCACUCUUGGACCAAGCCAUGCCAAAUGAUGUCCUGUUCACCAGCACAUACCCUUCUCUCCCAAAAUCGCUGCCACUGCGGAGACCGUCGUAUACUUUGGGAAUGAAGUCACUACAUGGAGAGUUUUCUGCCUCUGACAGCUCCCUCACAGAUAUCCAGGAGCAAAGACGGCAGCCCAUGCCAGACCCUGGUCUUAUGCCAUUGCCUGAUUCUGCCUCUGAUCUGGACUGGUCAAACCUGGUAGAUGCUGCCAAAGCCUUUGAAGUUCAGCGAGCUUCAUUCUUUGCUGUUGCGGAUGAAAACCACAGGCCUGUGAGUGCUGCCUCCAGUGGUGAUCAGGCUGAGGACCAGCUUACUGCACAGAUAAAGCCUUAUACAGGUAAAGAAUCUCCUCCAACUCUCGCCUCUAAAGUGGACCAACUUGAAGGUUUGCUGAAGAUGCUGCAAGAAGACUUAAGGAAGGAAAAAGAGGACAAAGCCAAUCUUCAGGCUGAAGUGCAACAUCUGCGGGAAGACAACUUGCGGUUACAGGAGGAAUCCCAGAAUGCGACUGAGAAGCUGAAGAAAUUCACCGAGUGGGUUUUCAACACAAUUGAUAUGAACUGAGAGCAGUGUACGGGGAAGGAAACUAUCUGUAAUGAAUAUUAAUCCUGGGACUUAAGCUUUAAUGCCACCUUAAUCAUGACAUGUGAAAGUAUAGUCAGAGCACUUCCCCGUCCUCCAUCCUCCAAUAACCCUUUUUUGCAUCUCUGCGCGCACUCCGAACAAUUGCAGAUCAACAAUCAAUGUCUGCCUUUUGUAGAAAAACAAAGUAAAUAAUUUUAAAGAGAUAAAAUAAAAGUUUAACUGCUAAAAUGUGAA